AUGUCGAAGUCUUCCAGAGCUCGUUCAGUGGAAAGUUCACCUGAGCGCUCAGCGGACACCACAGAUCUGAGAAUUGAAGUCCAAGCAGAAGGUGAAAACAGUCAGCUGCUUCCUGUCAAAGACAAGAAGAUCCCAGAUGAACUCCUGGUCAGCCUCGCCUCCACAGUCUGCAACAAGAACUCAAAGGGGCACACGGCACAUCUCCAGCACUGUCAGGACUUUGAAAUCAGACGUCCAGAUGCAGUCUGGCAUCAUCCGCGUGGACGCAAUAAAUAUAAAUACUUUCUGGAGCAGCCAACAUCCCUGACAGGAGCUGGCAGGGAUAUUUCCUUCAUAUGUGAUGCUGUGUUCACUCAGAAGAGGGCUGCACCCCUCCCACCAGUGAUGCAGUCGAGUCAUCCCCUCCAAAAUCAGAACUUGACUGUGUCAGAAAAUGUCAUCCCUGAAGAAUAUCGCAUUGUGAGGAACAAAGGUUUACGAUGCCUCGAGUUGUACGAAGAUGCAUUCACAGUGCAGCUGAGGGAUCAAAAUCAGAGGUUACGAGUUCUCCCAUCACUGAGGCCCAGUGGCAGACUGGAAGUGAUCCAGCUGAUGAGGAUGAUGAAUGACAUGCUGGAGAAGGCCGGAGUGGAUCAGCAGAACGAAGAGCUGACCGAGCACUGCCAACUUGAGGGUCUGCUUGAGCUGGUGAAGGUUGAGCAGAACAUCUACAACAUUGUUUUCCAUGAAGUGAUCAGGCAGGUUGCCGUGGGCUGUGCUGAGCGAGGACAGCUUCUCGCAAAUCUCAGAGAGCGGUACCAGUCACUGUUGGAUCGAAUCCCACGACGUCUGAAGGCUUUACACACCGAGGCAGUGGCACAGCGAGCUCUGGACCGCAGACUCACUGAGGAAAUCGUCAGAAUCAAAGCAUCCAUCCAGCAGCUAAACAUGGAACUAUCCAAAAUCAGGGACCAUGAUGUGUCUGUCUCCCAGCAGGUGGAGCACUCUCAUCAGAAACUGGCUGCUGCUCUCAAAGAACCCUACAGCAACUUAGAUGUGGCUCAGGGUUACCACGAGCUGUAUGAGCUGCACAGAGCUCGUCAAGACGCUCAGCUGCUCCAGAUGACUGAAGAGCGAGACUUAUGGAAGCAGUUCACCUUAGACCUCUCUAGAAAGGUCAUCGAGGUGAAGAAGCUGCAUUUAGUCAGACAGCUGCUUGUCAAUGAGACUGGCUGGUUGGAGACGUCAAAGCACUGCCUCUGCUAUCUCUCCUCAAAGGAUGCAGAAGAUCUUUAUGUUAUCAUGAAAUCAACCGACUACUGGAAAGAGCAGUUCGUUGAUCUUGUGUCCCAGUUGGAGAUUGAGCAUGCCCAGUUUACUCCAAUCAUUGACAUGCUACAAAACGUUGCCAAGUGGUUUUCUCACCUCAUCGAACAGAAUAAAUGUCCUGAUUCAAAAUUUGACAAAACAUCAGUUGAAGGCAUUCUUUCUGAUCUGAAGCAGUUAUCAAAAAUGUUGACCAUCCAUUAUGAGAAAUACCAGGGUGAACACCAGCGUUUGUGUCAGCAAAAACUAGGUGAACUUGGCCAAGACCUGGAACGUUGGCUACGUAUGAGCCAUCGGCUCUUUGACAGACACCCUACUCCUGAUUUUGAGGCCACUGACGGUCACCGUACCUUACGAGAGCUGGACCAGGUCCUAUCCGAGCUUGUCAAGCAGCUCGACAGUCAAGUCAGUGGGGAGAGUGGGUUCUUCAGAAUCCUCAUGGCACUGGUUUCGAAGAUGGAUUCCUGGAUUUCUAAAACUGUUGCUGUGACUAUCCAGAAUGAAAGAAUGUCUGUCUCCGAUUGGCUUCACAUGGAAGAACUGUUGCACGAAUGCCAAAGUUGGACUGCAGAAGCAUCACUGCACUUUUCAAUCAGCGUACAAACAAAAAAAGUGUUCGAUGACAUCCAGGGGUUCACAAACAACCUGUCCAACUUCACUGUGGGUGAGAACAAGAAACUGCAAGAAGAAGUCACAUCUGUUCGCAAGGCUCAGACUCUCUGGAUGUUGAAUCUGUUGCUGGUCGUUGUACCUGAUCACAGUGAGGAGCAGAACCACGUGCAGGAACCUGACAACAGAAUGAAGAUCUCACUGCAGACGUUGAACCAAGAAGCCAAGAUGCUGUCAUGCAACUUGAUUCUGGAGGAGAUGAUGAUCGUGGAUCCGGAUCAACAUCUGGAGUGUGAAAAGGAGAUGAAUGCGUGCAAAAACCUGCAGAGAGAGUGUGAAAACUGGGUGGAGACUUGGAAAAUGCUGCUCACAGGUCAUGGUGAUAUCUGGGAUCUGCCCGUCAACCAGCCUGCAUCUUUACACCCUUUCAUCAAUACUGAUUCAGCAGACACCGUGAAGGAUCAGGUCAGUGAAGAGGCUUUAGUGGAGCUAACACCAGACAAAGUCAGAGAUGCCAGAGAUGAAGCUGAGGCAGACCCAAGGGAGAGAAGCUACAAGGGAGCGGUGACACUUUAUGAGACGCCUGUGGUCAACACCAUAGGCUUUGAUGGAAGCAUCACUCAAAAAAGGCUGGGUGAGAGCCGUGUCCAUCUGCCCGGGACGGACGAGCUGGUUUUGUCUCAAGUAACGGAAGAAGACCAGAGAGCUUUUAGGGAACUAAGCACAGUAAUAAUCCUGCAGCAACAGCUCAUUGAUUCGGACCUGCGUGCGAAAACUGCAGAGCAGCGAGCCCUGAAAGCUGAGGAGGCCCUGCUCGAAGCACUGGACAAGUUUCAGAUAUAA